AUGAAGAAUUUGGGAAGCAUUCUCCUUCUUCUUGCAACUUCCGCAACAUAUGUUGCUUCCAUUCCUUAUGGAGAUCAUCAGUACGGCGUGAGAGCUUAUGAUGAUGCCGAACCCGCUCCACUCCUAGCUCGCGAGCCCAAGAAAAAGAAUAAGCAGGCAGACCAGGCGGCUGUAGCAAAUGCUACGGUAGUCGCCAACGGCACGGUAGCAGAUACCGGAAAAGGGGCGACGAAAAAGGGAAAGAAAGCCAAGCAAGCAGCUCAAGAUGCGGCUGCUGCCAAUGCUACCGCCGUCGCUAACGGCACAGUGGCCGACACAGGCAAAAAGGGCAAAAAGGCCGCUGCAAAGGCGGCAAAGCAGGCCGCUCAGGACGCUGCACAGCAAGCUCAGGAUGCUCAAGCGGCGACAUCUGGCAGUCAACUAGAGCAACUUCUUCAAGGCCUCCAGGGCCAACUCGGAGCUGAUGCUGCUGCCAAUGCAAACGGUGGUGUCGAUAUUGGAUCCCUUCUCAGUCUUCUAGGAGCUCGUGAUGAGACAAAGGUAGAGAAGCGUCAGGGUAAGGGCAAGGGUGGCGGUGGUAAAGGCAAAGGAAAUGCUGGCGGAGCUGCCGGAGGCAAAGGGAAGGGUAAUGCUGCAGCCGCCGCUGGUGCCGGUGCCAACGCCGCCGCCGCCGCAGGAGGGAAAGGGAAGGGGAAGAACGCCGGUGCGGCCAAUGCGGCGGCCGCCAACGCCAACGCAAAUGCCAACGCGGCAAAUGCUAAUGCUGCUACGGCUGCUACUGGGAAGGGCAAGAAGGGCAAGAAGGCUAAGGCCGCCGCCGCUGCCGCUGCCGCCAGUGCUUCGGCUGCCGCCGCCGCGUCAAGUGCUUCUGUCGCCGCUGCUGCAUCAAGUGCCUCGGCUGCUGCACUGGCGACUUCUACCGCCGUGGCCAACGGCACCGCAGUUGUUGUCUGA